AUGAAAUUAAAUAUUAAUCCAACCUCAAUACAUACAAACCUGCUGUUAUACUCAUAUGGUAAUGAUAUUUCUAGGCAUUUUUAAUAUUUAAGAAUGUAUAGGUUUAUAUACUUCUGUAGAUUGCAAAUUAAAAAUAACAAUAUAUUUAUUUUUCAAUUGAAUUCUCUGACAUAUACUUUGCCAGUAUGAUUUUCCAGUUGUCUGAAAAUCCGCCCAUGUGUCUGCUUCCCAUUUUGUUGUGUAGUUGUGAAGUACUUGGUUGAUUGGUAUUUAUCUUUUGCAAAUGUAUUUUAAAAGAAACCAAAAAAUGUGGUUCCAGAGCUUUCCGUUCUCUGUAUCCUAAGCACAUUGAUGUCUCCAGCCUAACCAAGGUCCUUGUCACCUCCUCUUCUUGUGUGUUGCUCAUCACACCAAGUUCUGGAGAGGUUUGGGAUGAGCCUGGUGCUGGUACUCGUGUGCUGCUGGCCUCUUUUUUCUUGGACAGAGGGGCAGAAUCAUUUUCCUGCCUGUUCUUAGCAGAGGCAGGUCUUUCUCCUCUCUUCAGACCCUGGUUUUCAUCAGCUUGCAGGAAUUUCUUCCUCUUGAGAGCUCAGCCUCUUGCCCUCCCUGAAAGCUGUGUGGGCAGAUGCGCAAGGCAUCACUGCUUGGGACACUGCUUUCACACUUGUCUGCAGAGAAGGUCUAUGCUCCAGGCACUGCUGGAGCAGCUCUUCCAGAUCCACCUGUGCUCUUGGGAUUGCCUAAUGCUUGGUCCUACACCACAGCACCCUCAGUUUGGUGUCAGCAGAAGAUGCUGGGAGCUGCUGGUGCUCCUCAGAUGGCGGGUCAGGCUGAGCAUGAGGGAACAUCUUCAUCCUCCACCUCCCAGAAAAGACUUGUGCUUCAGACCAGGAUCAGAUGCCCCAAUGCCUCCUCAGGGAGAAAAGAGAGGCUGAGGUUGCUGAUCUUGGAUGACAAGAGCAACUUCCACGGCUGUGCCAAGAAGCCAUCAGCACUUGGAAAUGGGCCAAAGAUAUAUAGAUAUCCCCAAUAUGUCAGGAUACAAUUUUUCAUGUUGGCUACCAGAGAAAUCAAUCAACUGUCAUUCCCUCAAGGAUCCACUGAUCAGGUGGAUAAAAAUUGCUUCCCAGUGGUUUCUCCCAGCCUGGCCAGUGCAUGUUCCUUUUUGUCAGAGGUCCUCAGGGGAGGAAAGUGCUUGCAUCCCAGAAUGCUGAUGGAGCACACCAUCACAUUUGUGCUGGAGCACUUGAAAGACCCUUUUGGCAAUGUGGAAAAGGUUCUUCUAUUCUUUUAUAAGUUCUACUAUUGCUUAUGAGAACUACCAAACAAGCCUGGCCUCCAAGAUAAGGAGGCCUUAACAUUCCUUGGUUAUUGAUGGAUUGCAAGGUAUUAAUUCUGUAACAGGAAACUCCCUGGGCCUGUCUUUGUGAGGAAAUUCAAACAAGAGCAGUGUUACAGAAAUGGCAUUGAUUUUUUAAAUAGAAGAGCAGCAUCCCUGCCAACCCUCUUCUCUCAAAGUGGUAGUUCUGGGAAAGAGCUCAUAGAAAGGGGCACCUAUUUUUACUAGGUUAACUCUUAGAACUACUAAGGAAGGUUAAAGCUUACAGGAGUCCCCCAACCCAAAAAGCUGCAGCUGUCCCAUAACAGCAUGGUUUGUUCUGGAUUUCUCCUGAUGGAGGCUCUCCUGGCUCCAACACUGCUGCUCUGCUUAGACACCAUCAUCACUGCAGCCUGUCCAGGGUGUUGAGCCUGUGCAAGAAGAAGGAUGCAGAAGGAGUCAAGAUGUUAACACUGCUUCCAGGCAUGGCAGAGGUACUGGAUCUGCAUUCAGGUCAGAGGUGGAGUGAGUAAAUGAGUCAAACAUCUGAGAAAUCUCAUAGAAUCAUGGAAUAGUUUGGCUUGGAAGAGACCUUCAAAGCAUGCCUAGUUCCAAUUCCCAGCCACAGAAAGGGACACUUUCACCUAGACCUGUUUGCUCCAAGCCCCACCCAGCCUGGCACUGAACACUUGAAAUCCUCCAAAAAACAUCUGAAGAAUUUUGUCAAGGUGCAGGGACCAGAUGUGUGCCAGAGGACACAGUUUUGAGUUUCCAAACCAGUACUGAGCAAAUCCUCUCCACUGUGACACUGCAGGAGCACAGCUGCUUCUAGAACUGCAGGGGCUGAGCACCAGUGUUUGGCUGGGCACAUCUCGGUAACACAAGUGAUUUUGGAGUCAUGAUGAGUAUGCACAACUGACACCUGUUCACGGACUUUUCUUGGAGCCUGGAUCCAUGUGUGCACCCAGCUGUGAAAAUACCCUGCCAGGCUGGUUUGGCACCUGUAAGCCUGGUUCACCAUGUUGGCAUGGGAGCAGCCAUGGCUGGCAAAGCUGUCAGCUUCUCCCCUGAACUUCAGAUGGGACCAAACCAACCUCCUGUGCAUCAUCUUCAUCUGCAAGUGUUUGGGACUGAAUUACUCAAGGCACUUGGAGCCGCAAAUAGGGAUUUUCAGUAUAAUAUAUUGUGUUAAAAAUAUCCUGCUCUAUUGCAAUAAAUGUAUGCAACAAUUGCUGUUUGUGCCUGCCUUUAAUUAUUUGGGAGGCUGAAUAGGAGUGAUGGUGGUGCUGCUGGCAGGACAAAGGGCUCAGUGCUGAGUGUGCCCAUGUCUGUGCCCAUGCCCACACUGGAGGGCUGCUAGCAGCACAGCCCUCAAACUAUUUGGAAAUGAGAGGAUUAAACAUACUUUCCUGUGCUGAAACAUAUACACAA